AUGCAAACGUGGAAAAGACCCCCUCUCUCUCUCUCUCUCUCUCUCUCUCUCUCUCUCCCUAUCUAUUUCGCUUUCUCUCUUUAUCUUUCUCUCUCUCUUUCUCUCUCUCACUUUAUCUCUCUUUCUCUUUCUCUCUCCUUCUUUCUCUCUCUAUUUCUCUUUCUCCCUCUUUCUCUUUCGCUCCCUCUUUCUCUCUCUAUUUCUCUUUCUCUCUCUCUCUCUCUUUCUUUCCUUCUUUAUUUCUCACUUUCUCUCUCUCUUUCUUUCCCUCUUUCUCUCUCUAAUUCUCUCUCCCUCUCUUUCUCUCCCUCUUUCUCUCUCUAUUUCUCUUUCUCUCUCUCUUUCUUUUUCUAUUUCUCUUUCUCUCUCUCUUUCUCUUUCUCUCACUUUCUCUCUCUUUCGCUCACUCUUUCUCUCUCUCACUCUUUCCCUCUUUAUUUUUCUCUUUCUCUCUCUCUCUUUCUGUCCUUCUUUCUCUCUCUAUUUCUCUCUCCCUCUUUCUGUCUCUCUUUCUCUUUCUCUCUCUAUUUCUCUCUUUCUCUCCCUCUUUCUCUCUCUCUUUCUCUUUCUCUCUUUCUGUUUCUCUCCCUCUUUCUCUCUCCUUUUCUUUCUCUAUUUCUCUUUCUCUCUCUCUUUCUCUCUCUCACUUUAUCUCUCUUUCUCUUUCGCUCCCUCUUUAUCUCUCUUUCGCUCCCUCUUUCUCUCUCUCUAUUUCUCUUUCUCUCUCUCUAUUUCUCUUUCUCUCUCUCUUUCUUUCCCUCUUUAUUUCUCUCUUUCUCUCUCUCUCUUUCUUUCCCUCUUUCUCUCUCUAUUUCUCUCUCCCUCUCUCUCUCUUUCUCUCUCUAUUUCUCUGUCUCCCCCCUCUCUCUCUCCCCCCAAGAGCCAGCCCAGAUCAAAAAUGGAAUAUUUCUGCCAGAUCUGCCGGACAAUCUCCUCACAAAUUAA